UUUUUUUUUUUUUGGGGGGGAAGAACAACAAGCUGAUUUUAAAAGGCUUCAUGCUGUUGGGAUAAUGUUCUAGCUAACAACAAGAGACAAUAACCAGGAGCAGCUGCCUUUAUUGGUGUGAACUCGCUGUUAUUAACACACAGCCCCAUUGUGAGCAUCGAAGCAGAGGUAAAAACAAGACUUUUGACUGGUGACUGUCUGAUGUUAAUGUCGACCGACGUUGCAUCCAUACUGCUGCCCGUCAGUCGGGGGGUGAUGGACAGAGACGUUGAUACGGCAGCCGGACCCCUCGCCAACGCGGCCGGGGGUCCGGCUGCUGUCCGCGGGAUGAAGCGAGGAGACCCGGAGCCCGACGCCCAGACAGCCGCUGCCCUGACGGACGCAGCCGCGGCGGAGUGCAAAAGAGCCAGGAUAGACGGGACCGGGGGUGUUGUUGGGGACAUUGGACAGAACAAUGAGCCUUUAAACCCCGGUUUCCAUGGAUACCCACCUCACAGUCAGGGCUCUCAGGAUUCGACAGGAGCACAGGAGGGACUGGUGGCCCCACCCUUUUCAGUUCCCCCUCCACCCCCUCCUCAAAACGGGCUGCCAGGGACAGAGUUUGGCCCCGGGGCCAUGUUUGGUGCUGGGGGCCAAGGUGCGGCAGACGUAGGGGCUGGUGCUAACGGAGCCCCCUGCACCACCACCACCACCACCAACAGCAACAACGGAAAGACAGAGGAGGUGCCCCAGGGUGAGGCGGGUGUACAAUGCGGUACAGGAGGCACGGGAGGAGGAGGCUCCGUGGGAGACCCGUCAGAGGCAAAAGGGACCCCCAAACGUCUCCACGUAUCAAACAUCCCCUUCCGCUUCCGGGACCCUGACCUCAGGCAGAUGUUUGGGCAAUAUGGGAAGAUUCUGGAUGUAGAGAUCAUUUUCAAUGAGAGGGGCUCAAAGGGUUUUGGCUUUGUGACAUUUGAGACCAGCGCAGACGCAGAGAAAGCCAGGGAAAAGCUCCACGGCACAUUGGUGGAAGGUCGUAAGAUUGAGGUGAAUAACGCCACCGCCAGGGUGAUGACUAACAAGAAAAUGGUCAGCCCCUACCCUAACGGAGAGGCUCUCAGCACGCUGCCUUACGCGGGGUGGAAAUUGAGUCCUAUGAUGGGGGCCAUGUACGGACCAGAGAUCUACGCAGUCCCAGGGUUCCCAUACCCCUCAGCAGCAGCGGCCGCCACUACAGCAGCGGCGUUCCGCGGCGCCCACCUCAGGGGCCGAGGCCGGCCCGUCUACAGUGCGGUGCGGGCCGCCGUGCCUCAGCCCGCCAUCCCCACCUACCCUGGUGUGGUGUAUCAGGAUGGGUUUUACGGAGCUGCAGACUUAUACGGAGGCUAUCCUGCUGCUGCUGCUGCCGCCGCCGCCGCGUAUCGCUACGCACAGCCUGCGGCAGUAACCGGAGCAACCGCCGCAGCCGCCGCCUACAGCGACAGUUAUGGCCGGGUGUACACUACAGAUCCCUACCACGCUUUAACUCCGGCCGCUGCUGCCUACGGCGUGGGAGCCAUGGCCAGUUUAUACCGGGCAGGAUACAGUAGGUUUGCUCCUUACUAAAACCACAAAUCACACCCGAGGAAUUUCACAUCGCUCCAAAAAAACCUAUUUUUCAAGCUCUUUGUUCGGCAGCAGCUCCCCCUCCAUUUCUCUGCAGGCGGACUAUAGUGACAGCUCAUGUGUUUUUUUGUGUUUUUUUUCGUGGCGAGGGAGGUCAUUUGCCACAUCAUCAACUCGAACUCUGUUUCUGUACUUUUCCGUCUGUCGCUGGCGCGGAAAACAAUGACAAAACUGCCAGGAGCGUGUCCCACAUAGAGAGCUGCAGCCUGCUGCUUUGAACUACGCGGGCACAAUUUUGGACGGUUUUUAAAACACUACGGGACCUGGAAGAGAGAGAGAGAGAGAGACUACCGAUCCUGUGUGAUCCUGCACACCUUUUUUUCCCCAACAAGUCUGAACUUAGAAUAUAUACACUGCCCUCUAAGACCUAAUCAGACCUAUAUACACACUUACAUUCAACACCAAGUAUACAGUUUCCUCUACAUUCUCCUUUUAGAGUCGGUAUGCACAGAGCGAUGCCACAGCACAGCAUUCUUAUUAAAGGUACUGAUCUUUUUAAAACACUACAUCGACGUAAAGCGACACCCCCCUGUACAGCAGACGUCCCUCUGGUUUAGCAUCGUUGUUUAAUUAUGAAACUCUGGACAGCUCAAACAGAACAUGUAGGAAUUAUUCUUGUUAUUGUGUACAGCUGGAAUACCCAACAUUCAGCCAGAGGGAGUUGGGAGAGAUCUGGCCGACAGAAACCACCUUUGUCCUGGCAACAACAAACACUGCAUGGAAAAAACAAUUUUUUGUCAUUUUCAAACAUUUCUUUUCCCCCCAAAUUUAAAAGGAAAGCCAAGAAAAACAACAACUAAUGUUCCAAAAAAUCAAAAAAGGGGGGAAAUGACAAGGAAAAAAAUGGAGUGACUUUUUUUUCUGCAUUACCUCAGAUUUUCCUUCAUCUGUUUAGUUUUUUCCCACCAAUGAGAAUUUGCAUAGAAAUGUCAUCAUAUAGAACAUGGAUGCGUUGGAACUGUCCAUUAUCUCCAGCGACAGAGAUGUUCAUUUGUCCUUCUUGCUGGUCUACACAUGUCUACACUAUAACUGCAACACUAAGAUGGGAUGCAGAGUCAUCGACACUAUGUUUAUCCAUUCUGAGCAUUUUAGUGCAUCCCCCCUAUAAAGGCUCAUCCUCGAUCUGCUCACAAUGGUUCUUCCAAAAAAAGGACUCGGCCCAUUGCUCCUAAACCGUCGGACACUCCAGCCGUGGCAGCGAAAUGAGCGAGUCAGAUGGACAAAGAACCCAUCGAAAAACAAAUGAACUAGAUUUAGCAGAUCUGAAGCAGGAACACCCACUCUGGGAAACGGAUCAUCUGCCAGCCAGCCAAAUGGGAAUCCCUCCUGGCCAACUGAGAUAUUUCUGCCGACAGGCUUCAGGCAGAGCUGCUCUGUGCGUUUGAAACUCAGCAGAACAGUAGAUCCCAACAGACGGCCCAGAUUAGAAAACAUUGGAAAAACAAAGAGAAAGCAGUCAUGUAAUGGAGCCAUGCAGUCAUGAGAAUUUAUUAGUUUUCUAUUUAUAUUCCUCAUAUUUUUAAACGUGACAGGAUGCCACAUGUCCACAUCAUUUUGGAAUUUUAAAUCCGUCUUUACGCUCUCUGGGAUUGUUCGGUCCGGAUAGUUUCCAAGUUCUACUCGCCAGUCUGCAUAGAGCGACUGGCAGCCGGACAGCUUAUAGACCACGUCUCUGUCCUGUAUGUAUCACAUCUCCAUAUACUCUCACUAUGUUGUUAUUGCUAUUAUUUGCCUUUUUUUGGUUCCAAAGAUUUUCUGAAGAAAGCACAUUUUUUUCUUGGUCCUGAUGUAUUUCUUUUUGUGGUUGAUGUUUUUUUUCUGUGCCUUUUUGUUAUAUAUAUAUUUUUUAUCUGUGGGUUGAAGCUGUAUUUUUCAGCACAGUGUUUGAAUCAGCACCCUGGGAAAUGCCAACGACGCAGCGUCUCCAAAAAAAAAAAAAGAACAGCAAUUUGGGAAAUACUGUCCAACACACAGAAAAACAACCCCGGUUAAAUUGAAUUCAGUAUACACACUCAUUUAUUGCCUUUUUCUUUUUUAGUUAACACAUGAAACACGCUGUGGAUUGCGGAGGCGUUUGCUGCAGACAAGGGAAAUGAGAGCAGAUGGAGUCAUGAGGGAUAUGCAGAAAGUCUGGAGCAGGAUAUUUUGAAUUAUGUUUGCCAUUAGGGGCCAAAUUGCUGGCAAAAGUAAAAGGAGGGAGAACAUCCACACAAUGUCGAUGGUGCCCUGUGGCCCAGCGGUGGCCACCUUUUAGGAACAAUGUGUGGGUGGUUGGUGGAGGGACAUUGUGGCUGUGAUGGUGAAGGUGAGAAGCUGAGCCAUAAAUCAUUAGCUGACAGGAUAACAACGUCCCCUGCUGUCUUUUCUUUUUUUAAAAACAUUUUCAGGGGUCCACUGUGCGCUCAGGGUGGCGCGGACAGUACAGAGGAGAAAGGGGGUGGGGGGGUGGUAAUGUUUUUGUAUGAUUGUGAAAAACUGUGUGCAGUAGGUCCAAUGAGUAUUUUUGACGAGCAUUACCUCUUUUUUUUUUUUUUUUUUGUCUUAUUAUUCCUUACAAGUAUUAUCAGAAGUGUUGCUAUGCAUGCUUUUGUGAGGGAGAGAGAGAGGAAAGGGUGUCAGCCUGAGAACCUUUUUUAUUUUUGUGCAUGAAUUCAAAUCAUAGUGCUGGAGGAGGAAGAUGAGAAGGAGGGAGGGGGGUGUUUACAAAGCAGGUGGAGGAGAGAACUCGGAUGUUAAUGUGAUGGAGGUGACGGAGGGGAGUGAUCUCGGUAAAGAGAGGUAGAGGCAAGCCGCCACGGUCCGACUCAAUCAUCCGGGUUACUGCUGCUCUGUGGCCUAUCUGAUGUGGACAGUUUCAUUUGGUACGCCCCCCUCGUGGUUUGCUUUUAUAAUGACAAUUUAAAAAAAACAAAAAAACUGCCCCACCCUAAUGAUAAUUCUGCGGUAGGAUGGGUUAAAAAAAACAAAUAAAACCAAUAAAACAAUCAUGCGUGCAGACUAGAGAUGCGGCUGGUGAGCGGGGUCGUGAACCCAACACCAAGGACUGCUCGUUUAGCGGCGUCUCCACCUCGCUCCGCCCGGUCUGUGUACAGGCGGUGCAGCUGCAGUGGCUCCUGCGGGGGUUCGCUCGUUUCUGUCUCUUUCUAAUUGGAGCGCAUCUCAUACGGAAGCCUGCAGGGACGAGCACAAAAAGAGAGAGAGAGAGAGAGCUCCCUACUCACUGUGCUCCAGUCAACCCAGUGGGAGUUACUUUUGUUUUUUUGUACAGGGAUCUCAUAAAUGAGUUUGAAUUGCAUGUGGAUUUUUUUUUUUUAUUAAACGACACAUGCUCUUAAAAAGCUCAUUUAUCCAAGUGAUUUUUUUUUUUUCAAUAAGUGGCAUGUAUUUUCUCACGUUUUAUUUUGCCAUCCUUGUGUCUGCCUUUUGUUUAU